AUGUUAAUUACGGAAUCAUAUCAGGACGUUGCUACUAAGGAUGGCACCACAUUACGUGUUUAUAUCUAUGCUCCUACUAUCAAAGGCUACCCUAAGGCUAAAUUCCCAGGUGUAAUUGUCUAUAGUGAGAUAUAUCAAGUCACAGGUCCAGUCAAGAGAUUUGCCCAAAAAAUUGCUUCAGAAGGUUAUGUUGUUGCAGCACCAGCUAUUUACCAUAAUUUUAUGGGUCCUGAGCCAUUGCCAUAUGAUGUUCCAGGCACUGAUACAGGUAACCAAUAUAAGAUUGAAAAACCUGUAGAUUCAUAUGAUGAAGACAACAAAUUAUGUUGUGAUGUAUUGUAUAGUUUACCUAAUUUUGAUGGUAAAAGAAUUGGUGCUACAGGUAUGUGCCUUGGUGGUCAUUUGGCCUUUAGAGCAUUGUUGGACAAGAGAGUGACAUGUGCAACAUGUUUCUUUCCAACAGAUAUCCAUUUGAAGAGUCUAGGUUUAGGUAAGAAUGAUGAUUCGUUGGAACGUAUCUCCAAGGAAGUAUCAAAGGAUCAAGAGAUGGUUCUAAUCUUUGGGACGUUGGAUACACAUGUAUCACCAGAAGGUAGAGACUUGAUUAGAAAGACUUUAAGAGAUAAUGGUGUUCGUUUUACUUUCUUGGAGGUAUUGGAUGCCCAACAUGCAUUCAUUAGAGAUGAAUUUAGUAAAGGUAGAUUCGAUGCCGCAAUCACUCAAAGUUGUCUAGGUUUCUUAUUUGAACAAUUCAACAGAAAAUUGAAAAUUGAUCUGGGUGAGUUUGUAGAUGAUAAUAAACCAGUCGAACAUGUCUGUUAG